ACUUUUCUCAAAAAGUUACUGGUUAAACAAAAAUUCUUCUCUAUUUGUAAACACGCAUGCGUUUAUUAUAAAAAAACUAAAACAAAAUACGGCACCGGAAUAUAAAAUAUAAUUCAUUUGCAACUAUUUUUUUCUGAUUUAUUUACAAAUCAAAGACAGCAUUCUAAUACCUCAAAUCAUGAGGUAUUAUAAUAAUCGAUAUAAUAAGUUAGAAAACAUCUUAAGUGUUUAAAUUCAGAAAUGUCGACAAGUGUUGAGCUUUAUCCAACGCAACAAAUGAUUGCAUCAUCUGCUGGAGCAUUACUUGUGGCUUUAAUUACCACUCCAUUAGAUGUUGUGAAAGUUCGUCUGCAAGCUCAGUUAAAAACAGAAAGUGUUAGAUGCUCUGUUUUCAAAGAACUAGUUUCUGUUUGUUAUUGUGCAAAUCCACCAUUGUUUAAUAGUCCAGUACUUUGUACUAUACAUGGAAACAUUCAUACAGUUCCUCGCUUUUCAUCAACAAUGGAUGCGUUUUUUAAAAUUGCCAAAUUUGAAGGUUUUGCCACUCUUUGGAAAGGAUUAUCACCAUACUUAGUUCAAAUGGUCCCACAAACUGUAAUAUAUUUUACUGCUUAUGACCAAUUAAAAGUUAAAUUUGGUUAUGUGGAAGGGAAAGCAAGUGUAGUUGCACCAUUAUCUGCUGGUGUUACCGCUAGAACUUUUGCAGUGGUUGCAAUGUCUCCUAUUGAAAUGUUAAGAACCAAACUUCAGUCAAAAAAAAAUUUAGGUUACAGAGAGCUUGUUAAAAAUCUUCAAACUACUAUAAAUGGUGAAGGUAUUUUUUGCUUAUGGAAAGGAAUUGGACCUACCCUUUUUCGUGACGUGCCUUUUUCAGGUUUUUAUUGGCUGUUCUAUGAACUUCUAAAGUCAAAUAAUCCAAGUCCUACACUAUUUUCAACAUUUUUAUCAGGAGCUAUCUCUGGAAUGUUUGCUGCAGGAUUGACUACACCUUUUGAUGUUGUUAAAACCUAUAGACAAAUUGAGCUUGGUGAAAUCAAAAAUGGUAAGCAUGUUUCAAGAUUUACAUUUGCAGUAAUGAUACGACUGUAUAAAACUAAAGGUUUUUCAAGUUUAUUUACUGGUCUUUAUCCACGUUUAAUGAAAGUUUCAUUAUCAUGUGCAGUUAUGAUAAGCACAUAUGAAUAUGGAAAAAAGUAUUUUGCUAAUCGUAAUCUCUUAAGUUUGAAAGAGGUUUAGUUUAAUAAACUUGUUUGAUAUUUUCAAAAUUUUUUACUGAAAAAAUAUUUGGUUUUUCAUUUA